UGGUAACAACAAAAUUAAAAUAACGAAGAGGAUCCCACCACUAAGCUUAGCAACUUCUUCUCCAUCACCACCGUGCAUUCUCCUUCUCCCACACCAGACGCCACCUCACCUUCAUAACUCCGGUGAAGGCCUUUUCUUCUCUGGGAAACGGAUUGUCUCUGCUGGCAAUUGACUAUUUCUGAAAUUUGUCUCCCUCUACCGAUGAAGCUAAGCAAUCUUCUUUGAAUUUUGUCAGUUAAGUAGCUAAUUAUUAAAUUAAUUGUUACUAUCAUUAGAUGCAACACAGAAGUGGUUCUGGAUUGGUAUUUCCAUUGCUGCUGCUUUACUGGUAAUGGGGUUUUGCAUCUUGGGCUAUCGCCUGAGAAGAACGGGAUUUAUGGUUUUAGCAGGCGAGAAGGCGACAAAGAUUCAAAGACGAUUGGGUAGAUUCAUCAAAGCUACGAGACCUACCGAUCAGGCAAUUAUACUAAACCCUGAUUUGCAUGCAUUUACCCAUGAAUCGGUCUUGGCUGCCACAAGCAACUUCUCUGAAGCAAACAAGCUCGGACAAGGAGGCUUUGGAACAGUUUAUAAGGGAAAAUUGGCGACGGGACAAGAAGUAGCCGUGAAGAGGCUUUCAAAGUUUUCUGGACAAGGCACAGAUGAGUUUAAGAAUGAAUUAAUACUCAUCUAUCAACUCCAACAUACAAACCUUGUUCAGCUCUUUGGAUUUUGCAUUCACGAAGAGGAGAGGAUGCUGAUAUACGAGUACAUGCCCAACAAAAGCUUGGACUACUUUUUAUUUGAUUCCACCAGAGAUCGGCAACUAGAUUGGAAAGAGCGCUUCACCAUAAUUGAAGGAAUCACUCAAGGAAUGGUUUACUUGCACAAAUACUCGAGGAAGACAGUGAUUCAUAGAGAUUUGAAAGCCGGUAAUAUACUACUUGACCAAAAUAUGAACCCCAAAAUUUCAGAUUUUGGUAUGGCAAAGAUUUUCACGGAGGAUCUGGGAGCUAAUACUAUGAGGAUUGCUGGGACACGUGGUUAUAUGCCCCCCGAGUACGUCAUGGGAGGAAACUUCUCUGUAAAAUCUGAUGUCUACAGCUACGGAGUGUUACUGCUUGAAAUUAUAAGCGGCAGGAAAAACAAUAGCUUGUACAAUGAAGAUCGUGCGCUCAACUUAGUAGGACAUGCAUGGGAGUUAUGGAGAGCAGGUAGAGGGGAAGAACUACGGGACCCAACACUAGUCGAAACAUCCAUUAGAGGUCAAUUGUUAAGAUGUAUCCAAGUCGGUCUACUAUGCGUGGAGGAAAACGCAGCCCAUCGGCCGUACAUGUCAGAGGUGAUACAAAUGUUAACAAAUCAAAGCAUGGAGUUACGUGAACCAAAAAAACCAGCAUUUUAUUACACAGAUUGAUAUAGCUUGAAGGGGACCGCCGUUGGUAUCAAUGAAUGGGUUGGCGGAUUCUGAUUUUGGUCACGUUGAAGCCUGAAGGUGUUUGGUCAUGUUUGUUCCUCACCAAUACUGCAACAAAACUUUGUGUUGGAUGGGAAGAAAAAAUUAAGCUGUAAUUCUAUGGGUGGUUUUCUUUUUUCUCUAAAAGAGACCAAAUACUGUAAUAAAUCUUAUAUGGCAUGUGAUUUCGAUGUUUCAUAUAUUCAAG